CUCACACCAAUUCCGGUGGAGCACAACCCGGAAGUAGUUGAAGACCACGUGGUUGUUGGUAGCCCGUGCCUCGCCUGCUGGUCCUAGUAGAAACGGUGGUCACGUGCAUUGGUCGGUACAACUUGUCGCUGUAUUGGCAGCUCAGACAGGACGCAGUGGAUUCCGGUGCCGCUAACGCCACACUUCAUGCUGCUUCAGUUUUUCUAAUAUCUGAUUAGAUGGAGGACGACAAGGAUGUGGAGAACGAGUGGAGCGCUGAGGAUUCUGGCUCCGGAGGAGAUGGCUUCACGCUGGAGGAGGUCCUGCGCUUAGGUGGUACUAAGCAAGAUUAUAUUAUGCUUGCGAGCAUAGAAGACAAGGGUGAAAUUCUGGAUGGUGGCAAGAAAGGUGAAAUUGAUGAUUUAGAGGAAGGUGAAUUGAAGGCGUUUGUAGAAAAGCUGGGCAUUCAAAAAAUUAGUAAGGAACUAAUAGAACAGGAUGAUGCCUCUACUGAACAGGAGGAAAAGAAAAAGGAAACCAAAAUCUGUACUGAAGAUAAUCAUAAGGCCAAGAAAGAGAAGAAGAAGAAGGCAAUUGAAACUCAGAGUGGGAAAGCCAAAGAGGGGAAGGAAAUAUCUAAAGUCCCAGUAAAAGAGAAGGUGACCAGCACAACAUCAAAGAUCAAGGGGAAGCCUGUCUUUGAAUUCACUGAACGAUCAACUCUGCUUUUUAAGCCUGGUGGAAAAUGGUAUGACCAUGAAUAUACUAAAGAGUAUACUAUGCAACCACAAAAUGAGGAUGAGGUCAAAAAAUACAAAGUCUUGGCUGAGAAACUAUAUGAACAUGAGGUUAACCUGUAUAAAAACAAGAAGGAGUUCCAGAAAGGGGCUAACACCGUAUGGAUGAAAACAGUUGUGUCAACAGGCACAUUAUCAGACAGAAUGGCUGCCAUGACAGUUCUUAUUCAGGAUGCUCCUAUUCAUACUUUACAGUUUGUAGAAAACCUGGUAAAUUUGAUUAGGAAACAGGGCAGCAAACGGCAAAACAUUAUGGCACUGGAUACCUUUAAGGAGUUACUUCAGUCUGACCUUUUGCCUGACAAUCGCAAACUUCACAUGUUUGUCCAGCAUCCUUUUGAUAAACUUGAAGAGAUGUCCAGUGGUAACAGAGAUACAAGAGACCGCCGUCUGAUAUUGUGGUAUUUUGAAGAACAGUUGAAAAGCUACGUGGCAGAGUUUGUUAAGGUGUUAGAAACCUUGACUCAUGAUAGUUUGAUCACGACAAAGGCAAAAUCUCUGAAUGUGAUAAGUGAACUCCUCUGUAACAAACCUGAGGAAGAAAAGGCCCUUCUUGUCUUGUUGGUCAAUAAACUUGGGGACCCUCAGUAUAGAGUAGCCACCAAAGCCUCCUACUUACUUGAGAUGUUACUAAAUAAACAUCCAAACAUGAAGGUAGUUGUGUGUCUUGAAGUGGAAAGACUACUAUAUCGGCCUAAUAUCAGCGAGAAGGCUCAAUACUAUGGCAUUUGCUUUUUAAAUCAGAUAAUUUUCUCCCAUGAGGAAUCCGAUUUAGCUAACCAACUCAUUACUGUUUAUUUUUGCUUUUUCCGGGCUUGCAUAAAGAAAAAAGAAAUUGACACCAAAAUUUUGAGGGCAUUGUUAACUGGUGUCAACAGAGCAUAUCCCUAUGCUGAAAUUGGAAGCGAAAAAGUGAAAGAGCAGCUGGACACCUUAUUCAAAAUCUUGCAUGUUGUGAACUUUAACACAGGGGUGCAGAUCCUAAUGCUUCUAUUCCAAGUCAUGGAUUCUCAGCAGACUGUUUCCAAUAGGUACUUUGCAGCUCUGUAUAGAAAACUUCUAGAUCCUGGAUUAUCUCAGGGUUCCAAGCAGACGAUGUUCCUCAAUCUUCUCUUCAAAUCAAUGAAAGCUGAUGUUGUACUGAGACGGGUGAAAGCAUUUGUGAAGAGGUUGCUGCAAGUCACCUGUUGCCAAAAGCCAUCAUUUAUCUGUGGAGCCUUAUACCUUAUAUCAGAAAUUUUUAGAUUAAAGCCAGGAUUGAAAGUGUUGUUGCAUGAAAACGGAGAAAAUGACGAAGAGGAACAUUUUCAUGACUUACCCGACGAUGACGAUGAUGAUGCAAUUGCCAAAGAUGAUGCUAAUACUAAUAUAGUUGCCUCUGGGAGUCUUUCAUCUGGUUCAUGGAUACAUCAACAAUCUCUUCAAGGCAUAAAGAAUUCAGGCCAAUAUGAUCCAAUGAAUAGAAACCCUUUAUUCUGUGGAGCUGAUAACACAAGUGUUUGGGAAAUUAAAAAGCUUUCUGAACACUUUCAUCCAUCAGUUGCCUUAUUUGCAAAAACCAUACUGGAGGGAAAUUCUGUGCAGUACACUGGUGAUCCUCUCCAAGACUUCACACUCAUGAGGUUUUUGGACAGAUUUGUGUAUCGUAAUCCAAAACAGAAAAUAAAAGAGAACAACAGAGGCUAUUUAAUGCAUCAAAAGAAGAGAUUGUACAUGAACAGAGAAAAAGAACCAGUGAACAGUACUACUUUCCUUGAAAAAGACGAGAGUGAAAUCCCAGUAGAGGAAAUUUUCUUCCACAGAUACUUCAAGAAGUUGUCUACAGAAAACCAGAAACCUAAACGUAAUGAAGAUGAAGAGAGCUUGGAAGAUGUAGAUGAUGAUGAAUUUGACAAGAUUUUGGAUACAUUGGAAGCUGACAGUUUUUACACAGGGAUGAACAAUGAUCUUGAUUUUGCUGGAAAUGUAAAACCCAAGGAUAAAUCUGCAAAAAAUAAAUCAGAAGUAGAGGAUUCUGAUUCUGAUUGGGAUGAAGACGCUGUUGACGAUGAUGAAGAAAUUUCAUUGGGUAGUAUGUGUGAAGAAGACUUUGAUGGUGAUGAAACUGGAGGAGUUUUUAUGGACACUUCAGAAACCUUUGAUCCAGAAAAAGAAGUAAAAAGGGGAAAGAAGAGACGUUUAAAAGCUGAUGACAUGUUGGCUGCUGCGGAGGAGUUUGGCGAUAUGCUGGAUGACAACAGUGGUUCUAAAUUUGACAACAUUGGAAUAAAUGCUGUGUCAAAUAAGGAAAAUGCAAGUAUUAAGCAACUCAAGUGGGAGGCAGAACGAGACAACUGGGUUCACAACAGAGAUGCCCAAAACAUCAUCAAGAAAAAAAGAAAAUUUAAGCAGACAAAAUUAAAUAGAAAAAGACAGAAAUAAAAAAAAUAUAUAUUUUU